AUGGUCAUCUCAUUCAUCCUGAUCCAAAACCGCCAGUCCGUUCAGACCCUCCCUCGGUGGGCCCUCUACCUCCCAUCGCUGACAUCUCCACCGCAGAGGCAAGACUCGCCUGGCCAAAUGGUACUCGCCCUACACCGACGACGAGAAGAUCAAACUCAAAGGAGAAGUCCACCGCCUCGUCGCGCCUCGCGAUCAAAAGCACCAGUCCAACUUCGUCGAAUUCCGCGGCUCCUCCAAGAUCGUAUACCGCCGAUACGCCGGACUGUUCUUCUGUGCGUGCGUCGAUGCGAACGAUAACGAGCUGGCAUAUCUCGAAGCGAUACACUUCUUUGUGGAAGUGCUGGAUCAGUUCUUUGGGAACGUAUGUGAGCUGGACCUGGUGUUUAAUUUCUACAAGGUAAGAGCAGCAGCAGAUGAGGGCACGCCAACAGCAGGAUACUGAUAUCGGAGCUCAGGUCUACGCUAUCCUUGAUGAGGUCUUCCUCGCUGGCGAGAUCCAGGAGACCAGUAAGCAGGUCGUGCUGACGAGGCUGGAACAUCUGGACAAGCUGGAGUAG